GGCGUCGCAGGGGCACUUUCGUGCCCAUACACAACAUGGCAGCCUCCAGUUUCAGCUCACUUUAUCACGUGACCUCCGGCCUCCCUCCCUCCCUCCCCUUUGGGAAGAUGGGGGCGGUUCGCCGGGAGGCCUAGCUCCUGUCAGGUGACCGCCGGCUGGCGUGGUCAUAUGACAAUGGCUGGCGGAUGGUUGUAGCCGAGUUGCUGUAGGAACGGGCUGGCUGCUAUGGACGCUGCUGGAGGGAGGCGCGUACGGUGCCCGGGCUCCCCUCGCCGGGCUGGCGCUCCCUGUGGGCGGGCUCUGCUGUGGGGCUGGGCCCUGCUGGGCUGCGCCUGGUGCCCUCGCCCCCCGGGGGCUGCUGCUGCCCCUUUCCUAGCCGGCUACGCGCUGGACGAUUCGGGCGGGCUGGGCCGUGAGUUCGACGGCAUCGGGGCCGUGAGCGGCGGAGGGGCCACCUCUCGACUUCUGGUGAAUUAUCCAGAGCCUUAUCGCUCUCAGAUCUUAGAUUAUCUGUUUAUGCCAAAUUUUGGUGCCUCUUUGCAUAUUCUGAAAGUAGAGAUUGGUGGUGAUGGACAGUCAACAGAUGGUACUGAACCCUCCCACAUGCACUAUGAAAAUGAUGAGAAUUAUUUCCGGGGCUAUGAGUGGUGGCUAAUGAAAGAAGCUAAAAAAAGGAAUCCCAACAUUAAAUUGAUUGGGUUACCUUGGGCAUUUCCUGGAUGGAUAGGGAGGGGUCAGAACUGGCCCUAUAAUCAUCCGGAUGUCACUGCUUACUAUAUUGUUUCCUGGAUUCUAGGUGCCAAGCAGUAUCACAAUUUGGACAUUGAUUAUAUUGGGAUAUGGAAUGAGAGGUCAUUUAGUAGCAAAUAUAUCAAGCUAUUAAGGUACACCUUGGAUAAACGAGGUCUGCAGCGGGUGAAAAUCAUAGCCAGUGAUAACAUGUGGGAGCCAAUUUCCUUUUUCAUGAUGGUCGACUCUGAGCUCCAUAAAAUGGUCGAUAUCAUAGGGGCUCAUUACCCUGGAACAAAAACAGUGCCUAAUGCCUUAGCAACUCAGAAGAAACUAUGGGCUUCAGAAGACUAUAGCACUUUCAAUGAUGAAGUGGGUGCAGGCUGCUGGGCUCGGAUCCUGAACCAGAACUAUGUGAAUGGAAAUAUGACCUCCACCAUUGCUUGGAAUUUGGUGGCUAGUUAUUAUGAAGAUUUGCCCUUUGGUCGAGAUGGAUUAAUGACAGCGCAAGAGCCAUGGAGUGGCUAUUAUGCAGUGGAAGGUCCCAUCUGGAUCACAGCACAUACAACCCAGUUUACUCACCCUGGCUGGCAUUACCUGCAGGUGGAUGGACAUUUAGAACAUGGUGGCAGCUAUGUAGCUCUGACCGAUGGCCUAGGCAACCUUACUAUCAUCAUUGAAACUAUGACUUAUCGCCACUCUCAGUGUAUCAGGCCUCCACUGUUUCCCUUUGUUGUGUCACCUCAGAAAGCAACUUUCUACCUCAAAGGAUCCUUUCAUAAAGUGAAAAUCUUGAAAAUGUGGUAUACCAAGCUUGGCUUCAAAUCUGCAAAUUCCACCUUAUUCCAUCCUCUUCCUCCUGUAAAGGUACAUGAAGGGAUGUUCAGCUUAAAUCUGGAUGUGGAUGAAGUCUACACGUUAACUACCCUCAUGACAGGCCGGAAAGGCACUUACCCAGAUCCUCCCCAGUCUAAGCCUUUUCCUUCAAAUUACAAGGAUGAUUUCAACAUUCGUAAUCCGCCCUUUAGUGAAGCUCCAAAUUUUGCUGAUCAGACUGGGGUAUUCGAGUACUUUGUCAACACUUCUGAUCCAGGGGACCACAUUUUCACACUCCGCCAGGUGGUGGUUCAGCAACCCAUCACCUGGGCUUCUGAUGCAGACCAGGCCAUCAGCAUUAUAGGAAACUUUAAAUGGGUAAAUGUGACGAUAACUUGUGAUGUCUACAUAGAGCACCUGGGCAACGGUGGUGUGUUCAUUGCAGGAAGAGUAGAGAAUGGCGGGAUAUAUGUUCGACGUAGCAAAGGACUCUUCUUCUGGGUGUUUGCAGAUGGCACCUACCGGGUCACUGGUGAUCUCUCUGGAAAGGAAGUCCUGAUGAAAGGAAUGUCUGGUGUGCGAGCCAGAGUAUGGCACACACUCACUCUGAAUCUCAAGCUCUUGCCUUUGGUUAUAGCAGCCCUUAGAACAGGGGUCGGCUUUCAGAAGUGGGUUCUUCUGCCUCAGGAUCACUCAAUGGUUAUCCUCUCUGGGAGAACGUCACCUUAUCUGAGACAAGUCAUGGCUGGGCGGCUAUUGGAACGCGCUCCUUUGAAUUCGCACAGUUUGACAAUUUUCACGUUGAGGCCAGUUGAGGAUGCUUGUCAUUAGGCUAACUGGUCAGGAAGAUUUUGCUACUGCAACUUUGAACAGUCUUCAUUUACAAAGCUCUCAAGAAGAUCCCUAUAGGUUAGUGGGGAGUGACUUUCUCCCAUACGAUGGCUUUUCAGUGACCUAUGUGAAUGAAGUGUUUAGUUCCAGUCCAGAUCCUAAAGGGGUGAGGGAGAGUCUGCACUUGCAUAUGCAGUUGUGGGAUGGAGGCCUAGAUUACACAAAACAAUGACUAAGGGCAGCAGUAAUCUGAAGGCCAAUUGCUUACCAAAAAAGCUUAGAUAAGCGAAGAAUACACAGUAUGGUGGAAGAGAGAUCCCAAGGCAGCACAGGGCCUGUGGAGGACAGCAGUUAUUUACAAGCAUCUUUGGAGCCAGGUAUUAGAUGCCAUACUGGAUAGAUAGGAAGACCAGUUCUUUUCCCUGAAGAGUUUACACUCUAAUUUGCAACAUAACAUGACAAGUGAGUAACACAACAAACUGUAAAGAAAGGAUGCCAUGAGGCAGGACAAAGGUUACAGGAAUCAGAUCACACAAUUAUUCAGUUUUGUGCAGAACUCCAUCCCAACUGACGGGGAAAAUGCCUUUGUGAGAUCACUGGUGUAGUAGGCAAAACAAGGAGCUUGAACUUAGCCUUGAGGAUGGAAUGCCUACACUGAUGGGAAACCAGUCAGGCAAUGCACUGCCUUUCAGUUACUUUACAGCUGUAGGUGCUGAAGCCUGCCCAUUAACUGAGGCUCUGAACUGCCAUAUUUGCUAUGUCAUUAUUUACAUAAGUUAAUUUACACAAGCCUGACAGGCUUGUGAAAAGUUUAGUCAGAAGUUGCUGUCCUUGCCCGAAAGUCCCACUGGUUCAACCUAAGGAGAGUCCUCUGCCUGGCUCUGUACCCAGAAAUGUCCAGUUCUCACUUGUUAGUUC